AGAAUGGAACAAAAAAUGGGAAGACUCAACUAUUUGCCGAAAAGAGAUGCGGCUGUGGUGAAAAGACAAUUAUCUCGCUUGCAAACAUAUCUGGGCGGGAUUAAAUAUAUGGCGGGGUUACCCGAUAUUGUAAUUAUCGUUGAUCAGCAUGAAGAAUAUACGGCCCUGCGAGAGUGCCUCACUUUGGGAAUUCCAACAAUUUGUUUAAUCGAUACAAAUUGUGAUCCCGAUCUUGCAGAUAUUUCGAUUCCCGCGAAUGAUGACGCUAUAUCUUCAAUCCGCUUAAUUCUUAACAAAUUAGUAUUCGCAAUUUGUGAGGGCCGUUCUAGCUAUAUAAGAAAUCCUUAAUUAAUAAUAAGAUAAAUAACUUUUACUUCGAAAAUCGGAUAGAAUCGGUUAUUUUUUAUUUAUUUUGAAAAAUGUAUCAAAAUAACUGGAGAUAUUAUGUGAUUAGUUAGUAUUGAAAAUAUUAGUUGAUACUCAAAAGAUCCGAUUCAAGUAGACAAAGAGAUGGUUGAAUCAAAAUAAUUUUGUUUAAAGUUCCAUUUUUUUCCAGAGGACAAUAUGAAUGUGCUAUCAUGUUCCAUCAAUACACUAUACGAUAUAUCCGGUGUGGAAGUAGGCCAACAUUUUUAUUGGCAAAUAGGGGGUUUCCAAGUCCAUGGACAAGUACUUAUUACUUCUUGGGUUGUAAUUGCUAUCUUAUUAGGUUCAGCUACUAUAGCUGUUCGGAACCCACAAAUCAUUCCGACUGGGAGUCAGAAUUUUUUCGAAUAUGUUCUUGAAUUCAUUCGAGAUGUGAGUAAAACUCAAAUUGGAGAAGAAUACGGCGCUUGGGUUCCUUUUAUUGGAACUCUCUUUCUAUUUAUUUUUGUUUCCAAUUGGUCAGGAGCUCUUUUACCUUGGAAAAUCAUAGACUUACCUCAUGGAGAGUUAGCCGCACCCACGAAUGAUAUAAAUACUACUGUUGCUUUGGCUUUACUCACGUCAGUGGCGUAUUUCUAUGCGGGUCUUACCAAAAAGGGAUUAAGUUAUUUCGGGAAAUAUAUUCAACCAACCCCAAUCCUUUUACCCAUUAACAUUCUAGAAGAUUUCACAAAGCCCUUGUCACUUAGUUUUCGACUUUUCGGGAAUAUCUUAGCGGAUGAAUUAGUAGUUGUUGUUCUUGUUUCUUUAGUACCUUCAGUGGUUCCUAUCCCUGUUAUGUUCCUUGGAUUAUUUACAAGUGGUAUUCAAGCUCUUAUUUUUGCAACUUUAGCUGCGGCUUAUAUAGGUGAAUCCAUGGAGGGUCACCAUUGAAAUAGUCUUUUUUCCCUUAGCGCAAAGCAGUAGUUCACGAUGAUUUCCUUAAGGAAUAUAAAUAUAGAAGACUUUCUAUAUGAUAGAAAAAAAUGGGAACAAAAAAAUAAAAGAUUACGAUAUUAGAGAGUUGUAAAAACAAAAAAGGAAAGAGAUCCAAAAGAUCUUUUUCCUAAACCUAAUUUUUCUUUCGUCCGCUUAAUAUCCUACCUUUCCGUAACGAAGAUUUACUUUUAUAUUAGUCAGUCAAUCUUCUUAUUCAAAUCAGAAUUUGAAUAAGAUAUGAUAUAGAUAUAACGUUUGAUUAAAUAAAAAAGAGGGGAAAGGAGAAAAGAAUUUCUAAAAAUCGGAUUUCUAAAAAAAUGGAUUGAUUCUCGAAUCCGAUUGAAUCCAAUGGUUUACGUUAUGGAAGAAAGACAUGUAUAUGUGAUAUUAGAUAUUGGCUGGUUCUCUAUGAACUAAAGAUAUAUUUUAGUUGCCCUACUGUUGUGUGCGAGUUUCAAUAGAAGUCUUUCCGUAUUCUUAUGGCUGUGAAUUGGAUGAAUAAAGAGAUGAAAUCAAGAAAAGAUGUAAGACUGGAAAUAACAGUUCGGAACCAAGAAAUGGAAGAACGAAAGUUCUAUGGAUUCAAAAAAUUCUGUGUAUAGAAACAGAUAUCGGAGUCCUGAAUAUAUGAUAUUCUUACUUAAACUCGAAGUUCUUAGUUCCUUUGACAGGAUGAAUCCUAUUGAUGGAAUAAUUAAGUCAUAAUUCAUUGGUUGAGUGUAUCAUUAACCAUUUAUUUUUGUUGGUAUGAGGAACUUAUCAUGAAUCCACUGAUUUCUGCUGCUUCCGUUAUUGCUGCUGGAUUGGCCGUAGGGCUUGCUUCUAUUGGACCUGGAGUUGGUCAAGGGACUGCUGCGGGUCAAGCCGUAGAGGGUAUCGCAAGACAGCCCGAGGCAGAGGGGAAAAUACGCGGUACUCUAUUGCUUAGUCUAGCUUUUAUGGAAGCUUUAACUAUUUAUGGGUUGGUUGUAGCAUUAGCACUUUUAUUUGCGAAUCCUUUUGUUUAAAUCAAAAAAUAUGUAUUUUUCGGAUUUUAGGGCCUUGGAUUUCUUGUUUGCUUUUUCAAAUUGGAUCAAGAUAUCAUUCCUACAAUUCCUUAUUCGUUUAGAAAAUAACCUAUGGGAGGGGCUGAUUUGCAGAUGAGUAAUUAGAAUAC